CUCUCUCUCUCUCUCUCUCUCUCUCUCUCUCUCUCCCUCCCUCCCUCCCUCCAUUCUCACUUCAGCAUUGGGCCGCCAUUGGUGUAGCUUUCAAGUGGAUUCUCCUCAGGGAUUCGAUUCGUUCGAGUUCCUCUGCUGCUGUUCUUGAUCCGGAUUCCGCACAAUUCGCUGCUUCCUUGCUUUUGUAACCACUUCCACUUCGAUCAGUCACUGCUCACACUGUCAGCUUGAAGUGUGAUUUUGUCAAUUGGGAUAUGCUGUCUCGGUGGCAGUGAGACUGUGACGUUUCCUUGACCUAGUCCGCGUGUUACCCUCCUUGAUCUGGCAUUUUCUCAACUUGUCUGUUCAGUUGCCAGUGGAACUCUUCGGUUCUUGAUUGGCUACUGCUAGCAUUGAUUUUCGUUAUUUGACUGGAAUGUGAGGACAGCUUACAUCGUCUGAGCCUGCUUCUUGUGCCUUUGAUUCACUCGAGGAGAAGUGCGGUUUGCGAGAAUUUGGAGGCAGUGGCUAGGGACUGACACCGGUGAUGCUUCUGAGGCGCAGAAAGCGUACUGUUGGGUAGUCCGGAGGAGAGAGAGUCCUGGGUCUUUGCAUUGUUGGAGGUGGCUGGGGAGAAAAUUGGUUGAUAGAUGCAAAUGUCCAAGUCUCCUUCCCCUGAACCCCAGGAAUCUACCUCCUCGUCUACUCCUAUCCGGGAUUCAAAUGGAAAAGCUGGAAUGGAUGAUCCAGAGGAUACAAUGGUCACGGUUGCUCAAUUUCUUGAGCAGCUCCAUGCCAACAUGUCCUCACCACAUGAGAAAGAACUCAUUACAGCUCGUUUACUUCGUAUUGCCAGAGCCAGGAAGGAUGCUAGGUCCCUUCUUGGCUCUCACUCCCAAGCAAUGCCAUUGUUCAUAUCGAUUCUUAGGAGCGGCACAACUGUGGCAAAAGUUAAUGUUGCCACAACACUAAGUGUUUUAUGCAAGGAUGAAGAGUUACGUUUACGAGUGCUUCUCGGUGGUUGCGUGCCACCAUUGCUUUCACUUUUGAAGUCUGAAUCAACAGAAGCAAGGAAAGCAGCAGCUGAAGCGAUAUAUGAAGUUUCAUCUGGUGGGCUCUCUGAUGAUCACGUGGGUAUGAAGAUAUUUGUCACUGAAGGUGUGGUGCCGACAUUGUGGGAUCAAUUAAAUCCAGAUUUUAAACAGGAUAAAGUAGUCGAGGGUUUUGUCAUCGGUGCUUUGAGGAACCUUUGCGGCGACAAGGAUGGGUACUGGAGGGCGACUCUUGAGGCUGGAGGAGUAGACAUUAUUGUGGGUCUUCUUUCUUCUGAUAAUGCAGCAGCUCAGGCAAAUGCUGCAUCACUUUUGGCCCGUUUAAUGUUGGCUUUUAGUGACAGCAUACCCAAAGUGAUGGAUUCUGGAGCUGUUAAAGCUUUGCUAAGACUGGUGGGUCGGCAAAAUGAUGGUCCUGUGCGUGCUAGUGCCGCUGAUGCCUUGGAGGCUUUGUCCUCUAAGUCAACAAGGGCUAAGAAAGCUGUCGUCGAUGCAGAUGGGAUCCCAAUCCUCAUUGGUGCUGUAGUUGCUCCUUCCAAAGAAUGCAUGCAAGGAGAGAGUGGCCAGGCACUGCAGUGCCAUGCAACACAAGCUUUGGCCAACAUUUGUGGUGGAAUGUCUGCUUUAAUCCUCUAUCUUGGGGAACUCUCACAGUCCCCACGCUUAGCUGCACCAGUUGCUGACAUAAUUGGAGCCCUUGCCUAUGCACUGAUGGUUUUUGAGGAGAAGUCUCCUGCUGAGGAAGAAACAUUUGAUGCAAAGCAAAUAGAGGAUAUUCUAGUUACCCUGUUAAAACCUCGGGAUAAUCAGUUGGUUCAGGAGCGUGUCCUUGAGGCAAUGGCAAGCCUUUAUGGUAAUACCCAUCUCUCAAGAUGGCUCAAUCACGCUGAAGCAAAGCGGGUGCUCAUAGGACUAAUAACAAUGGCCGCGGUUGAUGCCCGAGAAUAUUUGAUACUUUCCUUGACAAGCUUAUGCUGUGAUGCUGAGGGGCUCUGGGAAUCCAUCGGGAAGAGGGAAGGCAUACAGUUACUAAUAUCAUUGCUGGGUUUGUCCACUGAGCAGCAUCAAGAAUAUGCUGUUGAGCUGCUGGCCAUCUUGACUGACCAAGUAGAUGACAGCAAAUGGGCUAUUACAGCUGCUGGAGGUAUUCCUCCACUGGUACAGUUAUUAGAAACAGGGUCUCAUAAAGCAAGGGAAGAUGCAGCUCUUAUCCUUUGGAACUUGUGUUGUCAUAGCGAAGACAUUCGUGCCUGUGUUGAAAGUGCAGGAGCUGUCCCAGCAUUAUUGUGGCUUCUAAAGAGUGGCGGGCCAAAAGGGCAGGAAGCCUCAGCCAAGGCACUCAGAAAGCUUGUCCGAGCUGCUGAUUCACCUACCAUUAAUCAGUUGCUAGCGUUGCUCCUGGGAGACACUCCAAUCUCUAAAUCUCAAGUGAUUAGGGUUUUGGGCCAUGUAUUAACACUGGCGUCACAGGAGCAUCUGGUUCAUAAGGGAUCUGCUGCAAAUAAAGGGUUGAAAUCUCUUGUCCAAGUUCUGAAUUCAUCAAAUGAAGAAACCCAAGAAGCUGCUGCUUCAGUCCUGGCAGAUCUGUUCAGUAUGAGACAGGACAUAUGUGAUAGUUUAGCAACCGAUGAGAUUGUGCACCCUUGCAUGAAGCUCUUGACCAGCAAUACUCAAGUCAUUGCAACUCAAUCAGCUCGAGCACUAGGUGCUCUAUCACGGCCCACCAAAAGUAAAGCAGCAAGCAAGAUGUCCUAUAUUGCAGAGGGAGAUGUGAAGCCUUUGAUUAAGUUGGCAAAGACAUCAUCAAUUGAUGCUGCUGAGACUGCAGUUGCAGCACUAGCCAAUCUUUUCUCUGAUCCCCAGAUUGCAGCCGAGGCUCUUGCUGAGGAUGUUGUUUCUGCUUUAACGAGAGUUCUAGGUGAAGGCUCUUUUGAAGGCAAAAUGAAUGCAUCACGCGCUCUUCAUCAACUACUCAAGCAUUUUCCGGUGGGUGACGUUCUUACAGGAAAUGCUCAUUGUCGGUUCACUGUCCUGGCACUUGUUGAUUCUUUGAGUAAGAUGGCAAUGGAUGGCACUGAUGCAAUGGAUGCUCUAGAAGUAGUUGCCCUCUUAGCUAGGACAAAACAGGGGGCAAAUUUUUCUUACCCCUUAUGGUUUGCCCUUGCAGAGGUUCCAUCAAGCAUGGAAUCUCUUGUUCACUGCCUAGCUGAGGGUCCCCCUCUAAUCCAAGAUAAGGCCAUAGAGAUCUUGUCUAGGCUCUGUGGGGAUAAACCGGCAGUUCUGGGUGAUCUUUUGGUUGCAAGAUCAAAAUCCCUGGGUUCAUUAGCCAAUAGGAUUAUGGACUCACCGAGUCUUGAAGUGAGAGUUGGAGGAAUUGCAUUACUCAUCUGCGCUGUAAAGGAGCACAAAGAGCAGUCGAUGGAUGCACUCGAGUUGUCCGGCUUUUUGAAGACCCUUAUAUAUGUUUUGGUCGAUAUGACAAAGCAUAAUGUGAGCUGCUCUUCCCUAGAGAUUGAAGUCAGAACUCCCAGAGGUUUCAUGGAAAGAAGCGUUUUCCUGGAAGGCGAAGAAUUUGAUAUCCCUGAUCCUGCCACUGUCUUAGGUGGCACCAUAUCCCUGUGGCUGCUCUCAAUGAUAUCUAUGUUUGAUGCAAAGAAUAGGGUCAAUGUUGCAGAAGCAGGGAUACUUGAUGUUCUCUCUGACAAGCUUGCGAGUCAUACUUCCAACCCACAGGCUGAAUAUGAGGAUACCGAAGGUAUAUGGAUCAGUGCCUUGCUCCUUGCUGUUCUGUUUCAAGAUGAACACGUUGUCCUGGCUCCUGCAACCAUGCGAGUCAUACCUUCACUGGCUCAGCUGCUGAAAUCUGAGGAAAUGAUUGAUAGAUUCUUCGCGGCACAGGCAAUGUGCAGUCUUACUUGUCAUGGAAAUAAAGGAAUAAACCUUGCAAUUGCAAAUUCUGGUGCUGUUGCUGGAUUGAUAACCUUAAUUGGCUAUGUAGAGUCAGACAUGUCCAAUCUCAUUGCUUUGUCAGAGGAGUUCUUUUUGUCACGAAACCCAGAUCAGGUUGUUCUGGAGUACCUUUUUGACAUUGAAGAUGUGAAAAGUGGCUCCACUGCACGAAAAUCUAUACCUCUGCUGGUGGACCUCUUGAAACCAAUACCUGAUAGGCCUGGUGCCCCUCCUGUUGCUGUUCAACUCUUGACUCGUAUGGCAGAUGGAAACGAUGCGAACAAACUUAUUAUGGCUGAAGCUGGAGCUCUUGAUGCUCUGACAAAGUACCUGUCUUUGAGCCCUCAGGACUCGACAGAAGCUACAAUAUCUGAGUUGUUGAGAAUCCUGUUCAGUAAUACUGAUAUCAUUAGGUAUGAAGCAUCAGCUAGUUCUCAAAAUCAGCUGAUCGCUGUGUUGCGUCUUGGAUCGAGAAAUGCUAGAUUCAGCGCUGCUAGGGCCCUUAAUGAACUCUUUGAUGCUGAAAAUAUUAGAGACUCAGAUAUAGCAAGGCAGGCAGUUCAACCUUUGGUUGACAUGCUCAAUGCUGCAUCAGAGAGUGAACAGGAUGCUGCCCUUGCUGCCUUAGUCAAAUUCACUGCAGGGAGUUCCUCCAAAGCUGCAGUGUUGAUUGAAGCAGAAGGAAACCCACUUGAAAGCCUGUACAGAAUAUUAUCUUCUCCCUCAUCUCUUGAACUGAGGAAGAAAGCUGCACAGCUAUGUUUUGUUCUCUUCACUGAUGGGAAAAUUAGGUUGGACCCACUGGCCUCCGAAUGCAUCCAGCCCCUAAUCGGAUUGAUGCAGUCAGGUUCAACUGAAGCUGUCGAAGCAGGAGUUUGUGCUUUUGAGAGGUUGUUGGAAGGUGAACAGCAGGUGGAGCUUGUCGCUGCCCUUGAUGAUAUUGUGGAUCUCCUUGUUGGGUUGAUUUCUGGAGAUAAUGAUCAUCUGAUUGAGGCUAGUAUCUCUGCUCUGAUAAAGUUGGGAAAAGAUCGGACCCCACUCAAGUUGGAUAUGGUGAAAGCUGGGGUAAUUGACAACUGUCUUGAAUUGCUUUCGGUUGCUUCGAGCUUGUUAUGUGCUUCAAUAGCAGAACUUUUUCGCAUUUUAACAAAUAGCAGCGCCAUCGCCAAAAGCUCAUCUGCUGCGAGAAUUGUGGAACCUCUAUUCCUGGUUCUGCUUCGUCCUGAUUUCAAUCUCUGGGGCCAGCACAGUGCUCUUCAAGCCCUUGUGAAUAUACUGGAGAAGCCACAGUCUCUAUCUAUCUUAAAGCUCACUCCUAGUCAGGCAAUCGAACCCUUGAUUACAUUCCUUGAGUCCCCAUCUCAAGCCAUUCAGCAACUGGGCACAGAGCUUCUCUCUCACCUUCUUGCCCAGGAACACUUUCAGCAAGACAUUACCACGAAGAAUGCAGUCGUGCCCCUUGUGCAGCUUGCCGGGAUUGGAAUCUUGAACUUGCAGCAGACUGCGAUAAAAGCAUUGGAAAAGAUCUCCAAAAGCUGGCCAAAGGCUGUUGCAGAUGCUGGAGGAAUAUUUGAGCUUGCAAAGGUCAUCAUUCAGGAUGACCCUCAGCCCCCUCAUGCACUGUGGGAGUCAGCUGCUUUAGUUCUCUCAAAUGUUCUCAUAUCUAAUGCCAAGUAUUACUUCAAGGUGCCUCUCGUGGUUCUUGUGAAGAUGCUGCACUCAACUCUUGAAAGUACUAUCACUGUUGCUCUUAAUGCCUUAAUUGUUCAUGAAAGUAACGAUCCAUCGAGUGUUGAGCAAAUGACUGAAGCCGGAGCAAUAGAAGCUUUACUCGAUUUGCUGAGAUCUCACCAGUGUGAAGAAGCAUGCGGGAGAUUGCUGGAAGCCUUGUUUAACAAUGUUAGGGUGAGAGAGAUGAAGGUUGCAAAGUAUGCAAUCGCACCUCUGUCGCACUAUUUGUUGGACCCACAAACGCGGUCAGAGUCUGGCAGGCUUCUAGCAGCCCUAGCCCUUGGAGACCUCUCCCAGCACGAAUCUCUUGCAAGAUCCCAUGAUUCUGUCUCUGCUUGCCGUGCUCUGAUAAGUCUGCUUGAAGAUCAGCCGACAGAGGAAAUGACAAUGGUGGCAAUCUGUGCGUUGCAGAAUUUUGUCAUGUGCAGUAGAACUAACAGGAGGGCCGUUGCCGAAGCUGGUGGCAUUUUGGUAAUUCAGGAACUUCUGCUGUCCCCUAGCUCUGAAAUUGCGGGGCAGGCUGCGCUGCUCAUAAAGUUCCUUUUCUCGAAUCACACUCUCCAGGAAUACGUGUCUAAUGAGCUAAUCAGAUCCUUGACAGCUGCACUAGAGAGGGAAUUGUGGUCCACAGCAACAAUCAACGAGGAGGUCUUGAGAACCUUAAACGUGAUAUUCGUUAACUUCCCGAAGCUCCAUAUUUCAGAAGCAGCAACUCUAUGCAUCCCUCACUUGGUAAAUGCACUCAAAUCUGGAAGUGAGGCAGCCCAGGAGUCUGUUCUCGACACCCUAUGCUUAUUGAAGCAGUCCUGGUCGACAAUGGCAAUAGACGUGGCAAAGUCUCAGUCUAUGAUUGCAGCAGAGGCCAUUCCUAUACUACAGAUGUUGAUGAAGACUUGCCCACCAAGCUUCCAUGACAGAGCAGACAGCCUCCUUCACUGCUUACCAGGUUGUUUGACGGUAACGAUAAAGCGAGGGAACAAUCUGAAACAGGCCAUGGGAAGCACGAAUGCCUUUUGUCAGUUAACUAUUGGCAAUGGUCCUCCGCGACAAACAAAGGUAGUGAACCACAGUACCUCUCCGGAGUGGAAAGAGGGCUUUACAUGGGCAUUUGAUGUACCGCCGAAAGGGCAGAAACUUCACAUCAUAUGCAAAAGCAAGAAUACUUUUGGCAAGUCGACUCUGGGGAGAGUGACCAUUCAAAUAGACAAGGUCGUAUCUGAAGGAGUGUACAGCGGGUUGUUCAGCCUUAACCACGACAACAACAAAGACGGGUCUUCCCGGACGCUUGAGAUUGAGAUUAUUUGGUCGAACAGGAUUUCAGAUGAGAACAUGUGAAUUAGAAAAAAGAAAAAAAAGUUCAAGACCAGGUACACGAAGUCGGCCCUAGAACAAAGGUACUUAGGUCGUAGCGUGAUGUUUGUUGGGUUUGUAAUUGUAAUUAUUUUUAAGGAAAAAAAGGUACAGUUUUGUAGCUAUAUUUCGUUUCUAUGCUGCUUUGAGUUGUAUAGUGUAAAAAUGGUCGUUAACCAGCGACGGGUUAAGAGAGGCGAUAUGCUGGGUUCACGGUGAUAGGAAUUUGGGAGCUGCCUGCAAGUCUGUUGUACAGGUCAUUAUUUAGGACCUAGCAAUACGAAUAUUUCCGAAGGGAAUGCAUCGAAAAGUUGGUUUUGCUUCAGCGAUGUUUGCCUUCCUUUGUAGUCUAUGGAAACUGAUGUAUUUCCUUACUGCAUUUGGAAGCAUAAUGAUAUCUUCAAGAACAACAUACUGAACUAGAAGUUAUUCUUUUAUUUAUUUUCGAAUUUUCCCA